CGAUCCGCUAAGGAUUCGCGCUCACAAUAUCAACCAAUUGAAAAGACGAAUUUGGUUCGAGGGGCGGAGAUAAGGGUACCUGGUGGGGACAAACUUCUUGGGUUCCUACAAUGGUUUACGCUUAAAGGGUAUGUGGCUUUGAAGAAGGUUGCUCUUUGGCUCCUCGGGCUCUAUGUUGCCAUUCCAUUCAUCAUCAAACUCUGUCCUUCCAUUCAAGCCAAGCUGGUGUUCCUGAAUUUCGUGCGGAUGCCCUACUUCAUUGAUUUGAGAAGGCCUCAGGACCAGGGGCUCAAUCACACGCUCAACUUCUACCUGCAGCCUGAGGACGGCGUCAACAUUGGCGUCUGGCACACAGUCCCGGAGGCCUUUUGGAGGGAGGCUCAGGGAAAAGACCAGCAAUGGUUUGAAGAUGCCCUGGCUUCUACUCACCCUGUCAUCCUCUAUUUGCAUGGCAAUGCUGGCACCAGAGGUGGAGACCACAGAGUGCAGCUCUACAAGGUCUUGAGUUCACUGGGUUACCAUGUUGUGGCCUUUGACUACAGAGGGUGGGGUGAUUCUGACGGUGAGCCCUCCGAGAGGGGCAUGACGGCCGACGCCAUCUUCAUGUAUGAAUGGGUGAAGAGGAGGAGCGGCAGUAACCAGCUUUACGUUUGGGGCCAUUCGCUAGGAACUGGUGUUGCCACAAACCUUGUCCGAGAUCUCUCCGAACGAGGGAGCCCUCCUGAUUCCUUAAUCCUGGAGUCGCCGUUCACCAACAUCCGGGAGGAAGCCAGAAGCCAUCCUUUCGCAAUGAUUUACAGGAAUCUUCCGGGCUUCGACUGGUUCUUUCUGGAUGCCAUCACGGCCAACGACAUCCGAUUUGCCAGUGAUGAGAACGUGAACCACAUCUCGUGUCCGGUGCUGAUUCUCCAUGCAGAAGACGACACUGUGGUCCCGUUUCAUCUGGGGAAGAAGCUUUAUGAAAUCGCCGCCAGCUCCAAGAGCCUCCGUGGACACAAAGUUCAUUUUAUUCCAUUUCCCAAGACCCUCGGCUACAGACACAAGUACAUCUACCGGAGCCCGGAGCUGCCGCACAUACUCAGGGACUUCCUGAGCACAGCCGGCUUACACGCAUAACUUCUGACUGUCCUUGGGUUGUUGGAAUUCCUGUCACCUGAGCCCGGGUGAGAAGACCUUUGAAUCAUUCCUUUCAAACUGAGAGCAAAGACAGAGACAGGUGAUUGCCUUGGCAUGACGGGACAGGAACGUGUGCUUACGACAACCAAGAGGCUGGGUAUCCGAACCCGAAGAAAAGACAACGUGCGCCGAGGAGGAGUGCAAAGCAGUGGACUGAAAAUGGCUUGCUGACGUACUUGAGGUCUCCUGCUAGGUGGCGCUGUCUGAGGAGGCCUGCCAGUUUCAUUUCUCGCUGGUCAUCAGGCUUUCACAGGAGCGACUUGUGGACACGUGCUGUCGGACCCCCGCUGCGCUCUGUCUCUCUCUCUCUCUCUGGUGAACGUUUUGUACCCUGAAGACACAAUUUUAAAUGAGCGGCUGGUCACCGCAAACUGGGCUCCAGCCUGGUAAGAUAAAGCAUAGCAUCCUGUCGACAGUGGGAAGGGUAAAGUGAGCUAAAGGUCCUAAGGAUAAAGCUGUCUUUGCUCUUUUUGUUUUCCUUUUUCAAAUUGAUGAAAAUUGGAAUUGCUUCAUAAGCCUGGACUUCCCAUACCCAUUGCUCCUCCACGGUUGUAAGUUUUGCUCCAACGGGUGAUCCUGAAAUGGACAUUUGUCCUGGUGGGUGCCCGACGGGUUGCCUUUAAAUGGUGGCAGGAUAGCCGAGUGCGCCGCAUAGCUGACUGCAGCUGUGUUUGAGGAGGAAGAGGAGGAAGAGGAGGUGGUAAUUGUAGUGACAUCCUUGCCGUUGUCCACUUCCAAAUUAUUCAAAAUGACGGGCCGUUACCCACUAUACAGUGACACUCCCUGGCAUGGAGUCGCACUUCAGUUUGUUCAGAUUAAAGCGAAUUUAACAUUUUUUUUUUUUUUUUAAUUCACUCUAUUUUUUUAAUUCAGUUUUUUUGUGACAUCAUGUGGUUCACGUUUCCUACUCCACUCUGGAUGGCGCGGCUUCUUUCUAAUCAAACUUAUUAGCAUAAUCACCGAAGCCACGCCCACCAGUCUCCUUGCAAACGCAGUUCUCUUGGCAUUCGUGCGUGUCCAGCGAUUCAUCGAUAGCCGAGUCUCGACCUCCUUGACCGUAAUCGUCUCAGUCGCCAGUAAGUCAUUGGUUUGCUCUGCACUGAACUCUCCUCCUCGACUUACAAGCCAACAUUUCUUACACUCGUAGAUAACAAUGGGUCCUGAAAUUCAAUUGAUGAGCGUCGGCCCCUUUGAUCUAACUCGCCAUUCAACAUGAUCGACUAAAUAGUCCGGCCCAUCGUUUUAGGGCCCCGAGGAUCAAAAUGAGUCCUGAAAUUCAUCAGUUGUAGAGUCGUGAGCUGUUUGACCGGCCAAUCAGAAGUAAUCGACUCCGCAGUCAGCCCAACUGUAGCCCCUCGUAGUGGCACCACUCUGAUUAUUUACCGCCGUUGGCUCUGCGCUGCACUCUCCUCCGUGAUGACGUCGUUUGUGGGGCUUGGUGACAGAAAUGAAUCUUGAAGUUUAUCACUUGACGAGUCUCGACCUGUUUGGGCGGCCACUCAGAAGACAUUGUCUGAGUACUCCGUCCCAUUGUAGCUCCCCCUAGUGGCUGCAUUCUGAUUAUUAUCAUUGCACUCCUCCUCCCUGGUGACUUGAGAGCCAUCGUGUUGACAGCUAUGGGUGCAGUGAGUCGUGAAAUUCCUCGAAUGAUGGGCAUUGACCCAUUCGCUCGUUUAAUUUGCCACCUGAUCAUCCAAGUCAUCGACUCAACUGUCAGUCCACUUGUAGUGACACCCACUCUAAUUAUGUGUCAUUGUAUGUUCUGCAUUGUGCUCUCCUCCUCGUUUUUAGGACUCAAGGAUAGAAGCGAGUCCUGAAAUUCAUCGAUUGACGAGCGUCGACCCAUCUGAUCCUUUCAUUUAACACCUGACGAUUCACUCAGAAAUAACCGACUCCAAGUCAGGGCCAUUGUAGCGUCUUCUAAUGACACCAAUCUAGUAAUUUAGCGUUGUUGGCACUGCACUCUCCUCAUUGUUUUCAAGAUUCGAGAAUGGAAACGAGUCCUGAAAGUCAUCGAUUAACGAGUCUCAACGUGUUUGACCGGCUGUCGACCGUCAGUAAUUGGUUACCAUUGUUUGCUCUGCACUGCACUUUCCUCCACAACCUAAGAGUCGUCUGUUUGGCCCUCGUAGGUGAAAAUGAGUCUUGGAAAUCCAUCUAGCCAUUUGACCCUCCACUCCAAAGUGUUCAUCCAUCUCAAGACAUCGACUCAAUAGUCACUCCUAGUGUAGCUCCACUAGUGGCUUCAUUCAAAUUAUUUAUGGUUGUUUGAGCUGGAGUGCACUCUCCUCACCAGUGGCUUGACCGUCAUCAUUUUAGGACCCGUUAAUAAAAUUGAGCCUAGAAGCUCAUCGACUGACGAGUCCCAACCUAUUUGACUGGCAGCUCAAAGUAAUCGUCUCAAUGGCCGGUCAUUAAUUAGUCUUGUCUGCACUGCACUUUCCUCCUCAACCUCGAGUCGUCGUUUUGGCCCUCGUACAUAAAAAUGAGUCUGAAAUUCAUCAGUUGACGAGUGUCCACCCUUUUGUUUAACUCGUGACCAUCCACUCAAAGUAAUCGAUUCAAUAGUCCGCCUCUUUGUAGCUCCCCCUGGUGGUAUCGCUCUAAUUUACCAUCGUUUGAGUUAAGAGUGCACUCUCCUCACCAGUGACUUGAAAGUCAUCGUUUUUAGGACUUGUAAUAGAAAUGAGUCCUGAAAUUCAUCGACUGAUGAGUCUCGACUCAUUUGACUGGCCGCUCAAAGUAAUCGUCUCGAUCGUCAUUAAUUAGUUGCCAUCGUUUGCUCUGCUCUGCACUGCACUCUCCUCCAUGACCUAAGAGUCAUCAUUAUGGCACUCAUAUGUAAAAAUGAGUCUGGAAAUUCGACUGGUGAGUCUCGAGCCAUUUGACUCGCCACUCCGAAGUAUCCAUCCAUCUUAAGUAAUCGAUUCAAUAGUCAGUCCUAGUGUAGCUCCCCCUGGUGGUAUCAUUCAAUGUAUUUAUCGUUGUUUGCACUAUAGUGCGCUCUCCCCACCAGUGUCUUCGUUUUGGGACCCGUUAAUAAAAACGAGUUUGGAAGCUGAUGAACUGAUGAGUCUCAACCCAUUUGACUGGCCGCUCAAAGUAAUCGUCUCAAUGGCUGCUCAUUAAUUCGUUUUGUCUGCACUGCACUUUCUUCCUCGAGUCGUCGUUUUGGUCCUCAUACAUAAAAAUGAGUCUGGCAAUUCAUCAGUUGACGAGCGUUGAUCCAUUUGAUCCUUUCGUUUAUGUCGUGACCAUCCAGUCAAAGUAAUCGAUUCAAUAGUCGGUCUCACUGUAGCGCCCCCUAGUGGUAUCGUUCGACUUAUCGUUGUUUGCACUACAGCGCGCUCACCUCACCAGUGACUUGGAAAUCAUCCUUUUAGGAAUGUUAAUAAAAUUGAGUCCUGAAAUUCAUCGACUGAUGAGUCUCGACCCGUUUGACCCGCCACUCCAAAGUGUUCAUCCAUCUUAAGUAAUCGAUUCAAUAGUCAAUCCUAGUGUAGCUCCCCCUGCUGGUGUCAUUCGAAUUAUUUACCGUUGUUUGAGCUGAAGUGAACUGUCCUCGCAGGUACCUUCACAGUCACCAUUUUAACGCCCGUUUGUAAAACUGACGAGUCUCGACCCAUUUGACUGGCCGCUCUAAAGUAAUCAUCUCAACGGCUGGUCAUUAAUUAGUUUUAUCUGCACUGCACUUUCCUCCUCGACCUCGAGUUAUCGUUUUGGCCCUCAUACAUAUAAAUGAGUCUUGGAAGUCAUUGUUUUAGAAACGUUAAUAAAAAUGAGUCUGAAAUUCAUCAGUUGACGAGUGUCCACCCUUUUGUUUAACUCGUGUCCAUCCACUCAAAGUAAUCGGUUCAAUAGUCAGCCUCACUGUAGCGCCUCCUGGUGGUGUCGUUCUAAUUAUUUACCGUUGUUUGCACUACAGCGCCUUCUCCUCACCAUUGAGUUCAAUGUCAUCGUUUUGGGACUUGAUCAUAAAAACGAGGCCUGAAUUUCAUCGACUGACGAGUCUCGACCUGUUUGACUGGCCGCUCAGAGGUAAUAUCUCAAUCGUCAUGCCCCCUGGUGGCCCUGUUGUUGUUUUGCGCUAUGCUGCCCUCUUCUCCCUGAUGAAUUGAGAGCCAUUGUUUUGUCAUUUAUUCAUAAAAAUGAGUCCUGAAAUUUGAUUGGCGAGUGUUGACCCAUUUGAUGCUUUAAUUUCACGCCAGGCUGUUCACUCGAGCUAAUCGACUCUGUCGUCAGGCCCAAUGCAGCGCCACCUAGUGGCACGAUUCUAAUUAUUUACCAUUAUUUGCUCUCUGAUGACUUGAGGUUUUCAGGUCGAGGGUGGGCGCCCACACCUGGCGAUCGGUCAGCACUUGUCACCGGUGGCGCUUUGCUCCUCGCUGUUAGAACGGUGGGGUCUUGAAUUGGUUUUCGUUUUUGGCAGCUGCCCGUUUUCCAGUUUGUGUCGCCGACUUCCCAUCAGAUGCACUUGCUUGUCGGCGUCCCGAGAGGCGUGAGGUCACGUGACUGAUGCCCUGUGAGCCCCGAAUUCACGCAGACUGCUGUAAAUUUGAACAAUUCCAGAAUGGCCUCUAAGCACAUCCCUGAUUUCUGUUGUCAUUUUAACAGAAUGUGAUCCCCCCCACGCCCAUCCCCUUCUUUUCUCAAUUGUGUUACUUUAAAUUUUUCUUCUUUGGGAAACACUUGAAAUGGCAAACUGAACACAAUUUUAUGUAUUGUUCUUUUUUGUAAUAAAAAGUAAGGCUGCCCAAUUUGUCCGGUCUGCUCCCA